UUUUAAGCUAGUUGGAUGAUUAUUUCUUAUAAAGAUCAAACAAUAAGAUCAAAUAUGUAGCGUUGUUUAGCUCAAAGCAGAAAGAUUUCUGCUUUAGUUAUAAUCAGAAAUAUAUUAUGUUGCAAUCAAAAUACUUAGAAUAAGAAAUUAUCCAACUACAAAUGAAAUAUAUGGCAGACGUGGGACUUUCUGCUCUUCAUUGCACUAAACCAUCUUACUCUUCUCCUUUGCAUCCACAGAGAAUAAUUUAUAUCUAACAUGAAUAAUGUUCAGGAAAAUAGAUAUAAACAAAGUCUGUUUCAUAGCAUUAAUAUCACUUGGUUUGCAUUGAUUAGGAGGGUAAUUAUGGUAAAUGCUAUAAAAGUCCCUGCUGAAGCAGUGACCUGAAUUCUCCUCAUUCCUCUUUGACAGUACAGCUAGACUGUUUGGUUUGCUGUGUUGUGUCAUCUGAUUAUCACUUCCUUACUAUUAAGGCUACACCUACAUUUAAAGUUAUAGAUUUUAUUAUGAGGAUGGUCCUGCUAAGGAAGCUUUCACAGAUAAGAAUAUCCCUAACUGGUUAUCCCCCAUCACUGCUAACACACAAACUUGUGUGAAUCUUAGCUACAGCCAGAUGAACUCAGAUCUGAUCUACAAAGAGGAAACCAUUCAUGCAUCCCACUGUGCUGCAGAAAAACUAGCCAAGUUAAUACUGUAAAACCUUGCUGUUCCAUUUCCUUGCUGCUAGCUUAACCACACGCUCCUGCUAUUGGCAAACCAAAUUAACAUUUAACUAGUCUAUAGGAAGUGGAAAACCCUCACUUAGUAGGAGAAAUUGAGAACAAAUGGAGCAGUGAUGACACAGGCUCUGGAUGAGCUAAGAUUGACUCUCUCAAGUACUGUUAAUACCAGGUUCUUACAUUAUCUUCUGGCUUCUAGAAGUUGUCUGCAACAAUCCUAGAGAUGCAGGCAAUUCCUUCCGGAAACUGAUGGAGGACAGAGGAAUUUUCUUUAGGAGAUGAAAAGAGCAAACGCGGUGCCUGUCUCUGCAGAAGGUGGAAAAGGAGGAAUUGGGAAAUCGUAGAUCACUAAGCCUGGCUUCAGUAUUUGGAAGAAUAUUGGAAUCACCCACUGAAGAAUCUGCUUGCAAGCACCUAGAAGACAACGCAGCCGGGAAAAAUGACCCACCACAGCGAGGAAUGCAAUUUUACUGACAUCGACAGCCUAGCAAAGACCCUGCAGCUGGGGAUCUCCAUCCCCACCUUCAUUCUCGGGCUGGUUCUCAACGCCCUGGCCCUUUUCGUGUUCUGCUGUCUUUGGAAGAAACAGAGCAAAACAUCAGUUUAUAUGAUCAAUCUUGCGCUUGCAGAUAUCUUGCUGAUUCUCUCGCUCCCGCUCAAGCUGUACUACUCCGUCACAGAAGCGCCUGGACUCCUGUGCUCUUUCAUACAGUCUCUCUAUUUUAUCAACAUGUACGGCAGUAUCUUCAUCAUUGUCUGCAUUACUGUCGACAGAUAUAUCUGCAUAAGGCACCCAUUUGAAGGUCGAGCUAAGCAAUCCCCCAAAUGGGCUAUCUUGAUUUGCUGCAUCAUCUGGGCAGUAGUUUGGCUUUGCAGUGUCCCAAUGUAUGUAUUUCACAAGACAGAUUCUUUUCAGUGCUUUUCCAAUAUGUCAGAGCAGACGUGGAGCAUCCCCCUCAUUGUUUCUCUGGAAACCUUUGGAUUUCUGAUCCCACUUGCAGUGAUGAUUUUCUGCUCUGCUCAAAACAUCUGGAUUCUUCUGAAUCACAAAAGUCAAGCUAAAACAAAGGUAGAAGGCAGUGGCUGCUUACGAGUUAUUAUCAUCAACCUCGUGGUGUUUUUGGUGUGCUUCACACCCUUCCACCUUGGAAUCUGCUUACAGUGCCUGGUAAGACAGAAUGUGAUAGUGAACUGCAGUCUGAAACAAAACAUCAGCCUGUUCAUUCAGGUGUCAAUGACAUUGGCCAACCUGAACUGCUGCCUGGAUGCCAUCUUUUAUUACUUUGCCACAAAAGAAUUUCGUGAUAAAACACACCUGAAAAAGGUUAUUGAACUAUGUCCUGUCUUUAAGCCUUGUGCCACACGAUGGGACGGCCCACGGUGGAAGAACAGCCUGUCCUCUGCUCCCCCCGGCCUCACAGGAGGCCAACAGCAUCAUCCCUGACAGAGCAGUACAGUCACCUUGGCCGUGGCAGGGGGGAUGCAAGAGAGAGAAGGACAAUGUUUUUCCAGUAAAUGUGAACCUCUUCCAUAUUUUUCUUCCCUUUAAACAUGAAAGAGGAAAAAUUUUGGAAAAAAAAGAACUAGCAUUAGCAAAGUGACAGUGCGACACCAAAAGAAGCAUUAGCCUUGAUGGUAUCUGCUACAUGUGAAAGGCUUGCCAGACGAAAACUACCCAGAUUGCUGGAAUGCCACUUAAAAUCAGCCUUUGUCAUUACUGCACCUGUUUUCCUUUGCCAACAUGAUCAGAAAGUUGUCGCUGAAGGCCAAGCAUGGAAAUAACUAUUCAAAACCUUUCUAACGUAGAAAGUAUCUGAGAGUUAAAAGACAGUUUCCAGCCAGAAGUCUGACUCUGCUCUUUCCUUCUGUAAAUUUUACAGAAGGUGACUGUUGGAGCUCGUUUGAUUUGGACAGAUGGGCCAGCCUGGGACAAUAGUGGAUCCUUACUCCUCUAAGCAUUAGACACUGGUUGGGGCUGUGACACUGGGCAGCAGCCCCAGCUGUCUCAUGGAGGGCAAGCUGCCCAGUAUACAACCCCAACAGAUUAUCUUGGGUACCAGGAAUUCCUUGAGCAACAAAAAUUUCUGAUUAACUUUGCUGAUUAAUCAGCAGAAUUUUCUCCUGCAAUUUUAAAACUGUUUUUGCACACGUUAACCAAAAGAACCCCUUCAAAUACGGCAUUCAGCAAAAGACUAUAUGUGAACUGUAUUUUGACAUCGCUGUAUAUCUAUCAAAGAUAUAACAUGACACAUGUAUAAAAUUCUUCUGCCUGUCUGCUCAUCUUUCCUGGAGGAGGGGAAUUAGGGAAGCAAGCCCUGCAUCACAGAAAAAUAGGGAGUGUCCGUCUGACCUUCUCCUCGCUCCCAGCUGGACCAGGUCUACCCACCUCAUUCCUUAGAGAAGCCCUGCUAGCCUGUACUGUGUGCUUCACGAAAAGUCCCUGGACAUGCCUCAUCCCUUCUUGGCCAGCACUUCUGGUGUGUCACCACCCUUACGCCAUUUGCAAGUUUGGCUCUGAGUCUAACCUACACGUUUCCUUGUUGCAAUUUAAGCCCACCAUUCCUUGUACCGUUAUUUUGGCAUGGUUCAUGCUCUCAGCCAGAAACACUUUCACAUCAAGAGAUCAGUUUCUGUGCCUUUUAAAAACAGCUGUAAAAAUGGUCUAAGAUAGCUUGUAAUCAAGUCUGAGGAAGAUGUUCCCUUUAUUCAAAAUGUGAAAAGAAAUUAUCUCCUGUCUGGAGCAAAUUAAAAAGAAAGGGGGCCAGUUUUGAAAAUACAAUUUGCUGUCAAUUAAUUUCCAUAGAAAUGACUGUGCAAGUGAGCAGCUGCAUGUAUCUAAUACUGGGCCCAAUGUACAAGCAUUUUAAAACUUGUUACUACUAAAACUAUGACCACAGCUGAGGCACUAAGGAGUUCAGAAGUAAAGAAAGGUUUUUAUCAUCAUCUUCACCAUUACCUGCAAAGGAGCAAAAAGAAGAGCUUUCUGAAACAGUUGGUUUUCAAAAUAUUAUUUGCUGCUGCCUCAGUCAUUCAGAAACUCACAGCCUUUUGCAUACGAGUUAACCUUUCGUUUUUGCACCUUUCACAUUACUUUUCAUAUGAAAUAUAUGUGUGAGAAAGUACAUGUUCUACUGAAUAAACUGUAUAUAUUAAGUGCAUGGUUUGAAAAUACAUGUUAACUCCCCAAUCUGACAUCACGUUCCCCAAUCUUUUAUCACAAACUUUUACCAUUGUCUCCUUAAAACCACUCCGAGACUUAGUUGGAGAUUUCGCUUCCCAGGAGCUACUUCAGGUUUGUAACUAUGGCAUCCAAGAACCACUGAAUAAACAAUAAUAAACAUAAAAUAAAAACAGGAAAGCUGAUCACACCCAGAAGUCUGGAUAAUUUAACACAUUUUCUAUGGAAACCUUCUCUACAAAUUCUUGACAAUCCCCUGCUAAAUCUCCCACAAACUUUACUCCAAAAUACUCUGAUCUCUUGCUUUUAUGAUUAGCCGACUGUCUGAAAAUUUACCUUACCAGUGUAAUUCGCGACUCUGCAAAAACACACCACUUUAAGGUACAACGUAUAAUACUGGCCUUUUUGUUUAAAGCUUUUCAUGCAGACACAAUGGGUUGUGAUAGAGCACACCACCAAACCAGUGGUACGGCUCGGAUGGCAGAGCCUCACUCCAGGGUCUGACAAACUCCAGGACAGGGUGGAAAAAGCCUCUUGAAGUGCAGCAAGGAGAAACCUGGAGUACUGCACCCAGGGCAGGACAAACACAGGCUGGGAAAGUAGGGCUGAUAUUGAUGUCCUCCCAAAAGGGCAACAGGAAACACCAGGUUCUACAAAAGCCAGUGGUGCCCUCUCUGUGUAAAUACGACAAAACUGAUAUUGUAACUCACUAAAAAUGAGGUCAGUGCAAAGAAAAGGAAAAAAAAAAACAAGGUUAGUAGCCUCCUCUGCUUGAGCUGGUGAGGCUUCACUGGAAUAAGUUGUCCAGCUCCGGGCUUGCCAGUUCAAGAUGGGGAGAAACCAGAGAGGUUCAAGCAGAUGGUUUGCAGGCUGGUUGGGGAUCUUGGGCACAGGUUUCCAAGGACAGGUCAAGGGAGCUGGACUGGUUUCAUCCAGCGUGCUGGAAGGCUGUGACAGAGAUGACAGAGCCAAGCACUGCCCAGUAGUUCCCAGGGAGUAAUGGCCCUUGGGUCAGGUUCAACAUUGAGAAAAACUCCUUCACUAGGAGGGCAAUGCAGUGCUGGAAGGGUUACCCAGAGAACUCUGUGAUAACCUCUCACAAAGAUUUCCAGUACAGAGUCAGACAAAGUCACGGCUGAUCUGAUCUAGUGUUGGAGGAGAUUGGUUCCAAAUGUCCCUUUCCAUUGCUCUGUGACCUCUCAGCAAAUGCAAGUUUGUUGAUCUUUUUUCUCCUCCAAGACAAGAAUCACCUCCUAGCGCUGCUGAUGUUGUGGCACGGGUUGCCAACAGCUCUGUUGCGAGCACAACACAAGACUGAGGAAAUGCAUUAGCUGCCUAAAAAUUAUUGGACAACAGCAACUGUGACCCAUCACACAAGGCUAUAUGAUAUGUAUAGUCAGGACUAAUGAAGCAGUACUUUGUCUUCAACUCAUUUAUCACUAAGGACUUGGAAAAGAUCAUCUCCUAACCUUCAAAGGAAUGAGUGCACAUACAAAGUAGGCAGAGAGGAAGGAUGCGUAGGGACUCCCGUAUGUGUGGGUGGGGGAAAAGUUUGAGCUGCUGGGUGAGGGAGGGAACACCACUUGUGCCGGUGCUCAGUCAGCAGCAGAGUUCCAGCACGGCUAGGGAGAGACUUUCACUGACAGAAAGAAAUCAGUGUAAUUUUCCCAAUGAAGGCAACAGGAGUCAGUUUAUGAAAUUAAUCUGUAAUAAUGGGGAGUGGUGGGACCCACAAUGUACGACUGGUUUACAGACUCAGUCUGCUCAUGUCAUACAUGGCCGCAAACUCGGAGCACAGAAUCUGAAACCUAAAUUGGAAUUUCUUCCCAUUCAUUGCCAUCACUACCACUUCUUUGUUGUCCAAAAUUGAUUAUAUAACUCCAUUUGUCUAAAUUUUGCCUGUUAUAUAUGUGAAUGAGAGCAGCCUCUCUAAGGAUAUUUGAAAUUUCUGAAAAAAAAGGGAAAGAAGGAAGACAGCCCACCUGUGUCAGUUUUACAGGGCUGUUACAACCAUAAAAUCUUUUAGCUCAAAAAGAGCAGAUCUUUUGAGCAAGAAAGCGUCACUUUCAAUGUACUGCUUUUCAAGAUUAACUUAAAUUUAAAUUAUAACCUUAAAUUCUAUCUUUAACCUACAGCUAAUAUUACAGUGCUUUCUAAAUCAGAAUUUUGCAUACAGACUCCUCCAUGAAAUUUACUAUUAACUCUGGAGAAUCUCCAGUUGGUUGUGUUUUUAUAGCAGGACAAAAGCAAUGAAAACCUUGUGCAGCCUGAGAAGGUGCACAACAAUUUUGUUGAUGAAGAAAAUUGAAAAGUAUUUGACAUUUCAAAAACAACAACAAAAGCCUUCCUGAGUCAAUACACAAGUUCACAAUUUCUAUUUUCAGAUUGCACAACAGAAGAGGUCUCUUUGCUCUUGAUGUUUUUAUUAAUACAUAGAAAAAUGAUAGAAACCUGAACAUGAACCCCUCUCACAUACCCAGGUCUCCUCCCAGGGACUCAGUUGUACUGUGAAAUCAAAUAAGCAUUGUCCUAGUGGGGGGAAAAAAAAAUCAAGCGCUACCAGAAAACACUCAAAAUGAUACCUUAAAAAAUUACAUUUUCAGUUCUGCUCUCUUCUGUGAAUUGAACAAAAAAAGGAUGCAAUUAACCACAGUCCUUAAAGAGCAGCUGUAUUGAAGCUUAAUUUUUCUGGACAAGGCUGUUUAGGGACACCCAGGUGAGAAUAUUCAUUAAAAGCAAUUUUGUUUCUAUCCAGUCAGGCUUCUCCAGCUGAGUCAAACCCCACAGGUCUUCACAACACAAGAGAGGGAUGGCUGCUCUUGAGGGCGUUUUUAUCAUGGCAGAUUACUCCAUCAACAUCCUACAAUUAGCAUUUGUUCAGUCACGAAUGUGAUCCCCAAGCUGUAUUUUGCAGACUUAUGCAGCAACUGAUAAAGCAUAAAAGUAGUUUGGACAACAACAAAGAAACAAACAAAUCCCCAAACCCUUUUCUUGUGCCUUUGCCUGGUGA